UUUAUACUUAAAAAUAGAUAAAAUAUAAUAAUAAUAAAACCAUUUUCAAGUAAAAUCGAAUAUACUUUUCUUCACAGGCAAGACGACGAUUUGCAAUUCAAUUACAUAGGAAAGCAGAAAAAAUCCAAGUGCCAACACUCAUCCUACAAAUCGGAGUCGCCGGAAAUGGCGCCGGCGGCGACCAAGGGAACGAGUCCACCAGUGAGCUCGCAGAAAAUGAGCUCAAGGGUUUUACUCUACUCCAUUCUUCUCACUCUUCAAUACGGCGCGCAGCCUCUGAUCUCCAAACGUUGCACAAGGCGAGAAGUCAUUGUGACUACAUCUGUCUUAACGUGCGAGUUAGCAAAGGUUAUAUGUGCCUUAAUUCUCUUGGCAAAAGAAGGUACUUUGGGGAAACUAUUCAAUAAUUGGACUUUGAUUGGCUCAUUGACUGCAUCCGGACUUCCUGCAGCUAUUUAUGCACUGCAAAAUAGCUUGCUGCAGAUAUCCUACAAGAAUCUUGAUUCACUGACCUUCUCCAUGCUGAAUCAGACAAAAAUAUUCUUCACUGCUUUCUUUACAUAUAUAAUAUUGAGGCAGAAGCAAUCAAUACAACAAAUUGGGGCCCUAUUUCUCUUGAUCAUGGCAGCUGUUCUUCUAAGUAUUGGUGAAGGCUCCAGCAAAGGUUCUAGUACUGAUAACCCUGACCAAAUUUUAUUCUACGGGAUUGUGCCUGUCUUGGUUGCAUCUGUCCUAUCAGGUCUGGCUUCUUCUUUGUGUCAAUGGGCUUCUCAGGUUAAGAAGCACUCCUCAUACUUGAUGACUAUCGAAAUGUCUAUUGUUGGUAGUCUGUGCUUGUUAGCUAGCACCUCUAAAUCUCCAGAUGGAGAAGCUAUAAGAAAACAUGGAUUCUUUUAUGAGUGGACUCCACUAACUUUGAUCCCUGUUAUAACAAAUGCUCUUGGUGGAAUUCUGGUUGGCCUAGUUACAACACAUGCUGGUGGCGUUAGAAAGGGGUUUGUCAUCGUAUCUGCACUUCUUGUUACAGCCUUCCUGCAGUUCAUUUUUGAAGGGAAACCACCUUCACCGUACUGUCUCAUAGCUUUUCCCCUUGUCGUUACUAGCAUCUCAGUCUACCAGAAGUAUCCAUACAAAGUCAAAAAGAAGGAAGCCUAAUCCUUAACCACUACAAUGUGGCAGAUUCUAUUACAAUUACUCAAUUAUACAGUUUCCAUUUGGUCUCUUGUAAAUCCUACUUUGCAGCAGGGGAGUCACCGGAUUUUUAGGAGUGUCCUCAUAGAAUCGAGAAAGCAGAUUCUGUUUGCUUUCAUCAAUUUAAUGAAAUAUUUGACCUGAGUAAUAGUUAAUUUUCUUCACAAUAGAAGAAAAAUGAGUAGUGUUUUAGCUUAUGACCUCUUUGGGCAUGGCAUAAUUGUAUGGAAGAGUAGUAGAUUGUUAAGUUCUCUUCAACACUCCCCCAAAUGAAAGCGCGUUUUUUCUCCA